UCACACAAACUGUGAAUACCAAGGUUAAUGGUUGGUGUUGUUAUAAGGAAGUGAACUUCAGUCCUGAGGCUGUAUGGAAGGGCUUCUGGUAAAACAAUCCAAACAUACAGGUGAGGACUUGAUAAUAAGAAGGAGAAUGAUGAACGUUAGGAAGAAGUAAGCUUUUCACUCAAGAAGAUUUGUUUUUACUCCAAAACAAACCGAGUUACGCCUUUAUUGCAGCUCGUCUCCAACAACAUGAAGGCUGAAGACAAACUGCAGAUAGGAAAAUUCCUUUUCAUGCUGAACAACUCCUUUUUUAUCAUUCUUGGUAUCAGCCUUUUUGGAGCUUCGGUAUGGAUCUUAUUCGACACAAGUAACGUGAUAACUGUUGUAAGCAAUGAGACGGACGUCAAGGUGGUGGCCGGAGGGCUGUUUAUUAUCGGUCUGGUGGUUGUGGGCGUCUCUAUGUUGGGCUGCAUUGGAGUCCACUUAGAAAACAGAUGUUUCAUUGCAUUUUACAUGGGCCUCUUAAUUGCCAUCAUUUUUGGUGAACUUUUCAUCUCUUUCUUACUACUGAUGAAAAAGAACCAAAUUGAGAAGUUUUUGACUGGACGUGUAGAUGCCAUCAUCAGCAUGUAUGGGGUUAAUGAUACACAAACCACCGGGAGUCUUCUGGACAAUGUGCAGCAGUCUGUAAAAUGCUGUGGCAGACAGAACGCCAGCGACUGGGAGACAAACAAAUUUAUUCAGGUCCAGAACACAGCUGAUAUUUACCCUUGCUCUUGCUUCAAUGGGAGCUGCCCUGUAAUCCUGGUCAACGAGAUGUUUGGAAAUGGUACUCAUAUCUACGCAAUGGGCUGUGAGGAGAAACUAAAGGAUUGGUUUGAAAAGAACAUAUUUGUGAUAGUAGGCAUGGACCUUGCACUCGUAAUCAUUGAGAUCCUGCAGUUUAUUUUGGGAUUUCUCCUCUUCCGGAACAUUGGCUCUAAGAUUAAAGCUCACCAUGAAAAUCUUCUCAACGCAACGGAAGAGAUACCGGCAUCAAGUUCUGACCUUCACCAAAAUAAUCUGGAGUCCUACCAGUCUUCUGACCAGCAGCUGCAUGAUGCUUAUAAUCAAGAACAUACUGGACCGAGUUAUGACCAGUAUCACGAUCCUCAACAUCAGCCCAACAACCAUACAUAUGAUCAGAGACAGAACAAUGAGUAUAACGAUGCUGGACAGAGUUUUGAUCAGUAUGAAAGCCAACUUUAUCAGCAACAUCAUGGCCCAGACCUCAGUCAUCACAUAUAUAAAGAACAACAUGCUGAUGCGAGAUAUGACCAGUAUCAAGAGCAACAUUACCAAUAUGACCAUGAUCUGCACCACAGACAGAGCUAUAAUGGCAAUUAUAAUCAGAGUUACGUUCAUGAUGACUACAGGAAUAAUUUUGAUUGUUACUAGUCAACUCCAAAAUUAUUGGCACCUUUUAAAAGUGCACAAAUGACACAAUAGUUGUUGUUUUUUUGUUUGUUUUUUUUAAAUUCCACUCAAACAAUUGGAGAAAACACAUUUCUGCUAAAUUCUUAAAAGAACAUCUCGUUUAAAUUAACCAUAAUUUACAUUAGUACGGAAUAUUUCAAAUAAACAUUUAUAAUAGAUUUCUUUCAAUUGCUCUCAGUCUAUACAAGCUUUUUGGCCAAAUACGAUUGCACUUAUUAUAUGGUUAAAAACAUGCAUUGUUUUCUUUGCUGUACAAACUCUUACAUUAACAUCUACGUAACAGGGUUUUAGCAUUAUGGUAUUCCUAGACUAUAGAGUACUAGUGUCAGGAUGUAGCAUGUCAUUUGAGAGAGACUUCAAUCUUCAGUGUAUUUCUGUAAGUGGCACUGGAUAACACCGUCCAUUAAAUUCACUUUAUAUAUCAAAAUCUACUCAUUUUCAAGAGGGUGUCAAUAGUUCUAGGGUUAACCGUAUACAUUAUGUGAUCGAAUUCUUUAUUUCAUAUAUAAUAGAUGCAACACGUUUGUUUUUAUGAUCUCAUCUUCAAGCCAUCUGGUCCUGAUAUUUUUCAUACCUUUGGAGAGUUUUCUCCACAGAAGCAGGAAUUUAGUUUUCAUUUCAUUGACUGAUCAUUAGGUAUGCAAAAAAUAUAAAUAAAUAAAAAAAUAAAAACC